UAUCUAGGGAUUAACCUCUUAAAAGUGGCCAUAACCCCACUUUGUAUCGUGUUUGUGUGGGCGAAUCACUAGUUUUAUAUUCGAAACCGCCACUACUGAUUGCUGGUAGUAAAUCACGAGUAUAACACAAUUAUAACUUUAAUCUUGUUGAGGUGAAAGUGGCUAUGCAGGAGCUGCAGUCUAUAUCUAUGGCUGCAGAUUCGUCAGACGAACAGGAAGUUUUAUUGAACGAGGGCUGGGCCGAUGCCAUAUCAAGAAUAUUACGGUCCAACAAGCCGAAGCGCAAAAAGGCUCUGGUACUGUCCAAAGCGAAGAAGCUGACCGACCCAGUGAAGCAUGUCACUACUGAAGACUACGAGGUGGCCACUGCCGAUGGCCGCAUUAUCAAGGAAAAAACGGUCACUAAAGAGCAGCCCGCUGAAAACGUGGCUCCAACGAGAAAAAGGAGAAGGGAGCUGCCCAACCCGAGAGUAAAGCCGGAUAUUCUGCAAAAGGACCGUGAGCGAACGCUGCAGAAAAUUGCCACAAGGGGUGUAGUGCAACUAUUCAACGUGGUUCGGUCACAGCAGAAGGACAUCAGUAAGAAGCUGGAGGAGGCAGGACCUCUGGAGGUGCGCAAAGAGAAGGUGCUGAAAAACAUUGAUAGGAGGGCAUUCCUUGACGUGCUCAUGGGCGAAAAGUCGUCGGUUGUGGACACAGAGCGGCCCCCACCUGCACCAACGCAGAAGAACGAACCUUCCUGGAACGUUUUGCGGGAUGAUUUCCUCCUGAGUGCCAAAAUCAAGGACUGGGACAAAAACCUCGAUGUGGAAAGCGAGAACGAAGUUGAAGAGGAAUAUGAAAUCGAAUCCGAUUAGUUUAGUCGUUAAUAAAUUUUAUUAAAAAUG